GAAACCAACUCCUGGACGACGUCACGGCUUGUCAAGGGCAACACUUCAGCUGUAUUCGUUGGCAUUGGGCCGGUUGCGCGUGACUAUGCAUUCUUCUCGGUUGUUGUCGUCAAGUCAGACACAGACAGCAGCGUGGAAGGCGGAAAACAUCAGCCGACAGAACUGCCGCGAUUUGUCCAGUCCGCGUUGCAGUCACCGACUGGAGAUUAUCUGCACCCACCACAACAUCUGGAGCUGAUUGCCAUUAAUCACACGACCGCCGUGCUCAUUUGGCAGUACGAUGUUCCUGGUGUCAAGCUAUUUACCGUCACUGUCACACAAGGUGGCAACAGCAUCACUCAGCAGACAUCUAACAAAUUCUUCUACGCCAAGAACCUCAUUGCCGACACUAAAGUUCACAUUGCAGUGCGUCCGACGUGUACAAGCCAAGUGUCCUCGGAGCUGCAUGUCCCUUAAGCAUACAUGCCUCAUUGGUCAAGGUGUAUAGAUAUCCUGAACAAGGCACUGUUGUGCGCGAUGUUGUUGUUCGUCCACUGUCCGCGACCACUGCCUCUGUCUCCUGGACCUACCCCAAUGAAAUCCAGCAGAGUGUAUCAGGUUUCAAGGUCUACCUGUCCACACCACAGACUAAGAAUCUCUUUGACGUCGACAGCGUACACUUCAGCGAGCGCUGCUCGCUGUUUGUCUUCCAGCCACUCAAGUGCGCGCUAGUACAUCUGGAAGCUGGCAAGUUUUACGCCGUGCGAGUUGCCAUGAUGCACUCGGUCUCCGCCAAUCACAGCAGCGUCUCCGUGGCAAUGUCACAGGCAACCUUCUUCAGCAUCCCAGUUCACCUCAAGACCCAGGGAUUGGUCAGUGAUGGAAUGAUCACUGUCAGCCCUGUGUCUGACGUGACAUCGAUGAAGACACUGGUCAGAUGGAACUGGCUGGAUGACACUAAGGUUGUUGUCACUCCUGUCGAACGCCUGCAAGGCUCUGUAGCAUCGGAGGUGUCCAUUACCCGUGCAAGCUCCUCUCCCACAGAGCAAAGCUUUGAACUGCUUCUUUUCCCGUACACAACCUACACCAUCACGGCUACGUCCUCCACCCGCCGCCACACUCUGGAGUAUCAAACACCUCCAGUUCUGGGAAUUGCACAUGUGGGAGUGUUCCUCAAUGCACGCUGCACACCUACCACUUGUGACACCCAAUCCAGUACGGAUGAUCAGACAUUUACUAAGGCAGCAUUGACCUGGAUUCAGAACGCAGCCAAUGCUGCUAUUGUUGCUAAUGUCGGUGCUACGCCAGAGGCAUCGGUUCCUUCGAGGCCCAUCGUUGCUGGCGCCGCGUUCAUCGGUAACAACUAUUACGUUGUUUUCAAUUCACAGCAGAAAGAUCACCUAAAUGCUAUCCUGAAUCAGCUUAAGACACACUAUUCUCAUCUUGGACAUGAUGUCUAUUUCCAAGAUCUGGGGGCCAUGCAGUGGACCGAUUUGCUACGCAACGAAGAGGCACGUGCCACCCCUCAACCUACUGUUCAGCCUACAGCAUCACCAGUGGACGCACACUCCGCUACACUCAACUCCUACACUAGGCUGACCGGCAUCAUAGCUGGCGUUCUGGCAGUGGCCCUGAUGGCUGUGAGCAUCCUCUACUGCCAGCUACUGAGUCGUCAUCGCACCGCCCGUGGUGUAGGCGGUGUGCUCUACCAUACAUCACUCUCUCCCAUCGAUGAAGAUGAUGAUCGCCAGGCCGAUCUGUUUAAUGAUGACCUCUCAACCACCCCGCACGGCGAUGACGAGCCACUGAUCGUCGCCUAGGCAGCAACACCGCUGUUUGUCACCCUGGCAACGGCACUGUGGACUGUCACCCUGGCAACAGCACCUGCAUUCGCGUGCCCAGCAACCUGUCGGAAUUGGCGUGACCAUGGCAACGGCUGUGUUACUAAGGCUACCCCAGCUUUGCCGCAUCAUCUUGUGAUGUAGUGGCAUUUUCCAAUCAGAGAUAUCUCUGUUCACCACACGGCCACUGUUCAGCCGUGUUCUAAACUAGACUCCGCUUUCUGCACCACCCUGCCAUACUACAACACAGUUCACCUAGCAAUCAGCCUUAACGCUGCUACGCUUGGCAACCACAGUGCACUUGCCAUGCGGCAAUACUCAAUCAUCAUCCAUCUGCCAUGCAGCGGUAUCCAAGCAGCACUCAGCCACCAUACAUUCAGCAGCACUCAGCCACCAUACAUUCAGCCACACUCAACCGUCCCUCGUCUAGCCCAACUCAACCGUCAUCCAUCUACCAUGCAACCAUCAUACUCAAUCAGCAUUCAGCCACCCCGUAUCCACCCAGCGCUACUCAACCCUCUAUCAUCCAGCCACACUUAAUCAGCAUUCAUCUACCGUGCAGCCCUAUCUAAGCCGCAUUCAGCCACCCAGGCAUCCGGCCACCCAUACAUCUAGCCACACUCAACCCUCUAUCAUCGAGCCACAUGCAAGUGCCAUACAAUCUACAUCGUACAUCACACUCAAACACCAUACAGUCUACAUCACACCCGCAAACACCAUACAAUCUACAUCUCACCCGAACACCAUACAUGCUGCCCUAGCCAGCAGAUUGCACUCAACAGAUAGAAUCAACACUGCACCGAAAACCAGCCCGGUAGUUCAACAUGAUUGCACCCCCAUGUUAAAUAGAAUCGCACUACUGCAUGUGGUGUAUGUUGCACUAUGCUAGUGCCCAUACUCGUGUUUGUGCCACUCAGCCAAGCAUUCCCAUUUGUAAUGCAUCCCUCCUGCAAACGUGGAGUUUGUGCUGGGACGUGAACUUGAACUGCUGUCUUCUUCUCUUCUUCUCUUGUGUGUGUGUGUGUGUGUGUGUGUGUGUGUGUGUUUUAAAUCGUAUGCCAUGCAAAUAUGAAUGUUUUGAUUCAUGGAGGUAUUUUGGCCACUCAGCCAAGCAUUCCCAUUUUAAUGCAACCCUCCUGCAAAUGUGCAGUUUUGUGCGAGGACGCGAACUUGAACUGCUGUCUUCUUCUCUCUUUUGUAUGUGUGUGUUUUUAACCGUAUGCCAUGCAAACAUGAAUGUUUUGAUCCAUAGAGGACAGGUAUUUGUAAUACCGCUUGUAAUGGUAGCUUUAACUUUA